UCUACACAACAUUAACAAAGAACGCGCCGAUCCGUCUUUAUUUUCCUAUGAACGUACAAUCACGAACGUAACGCCACUGAGACGAUAUAAAUUAUCAUUACUUAAUUAUCCUCCAUCUGACUUGCGUAUAUCUCAAUAUCUAUUACAUCGUAAAUUGCCUUGGGUAGAGCAUCGCCCAUGCGUGGAAUCAGCUUAGCCCACUUCGAGUGAGGAAAGACAAAGGAGAGAGAAGAGACGCGAAGAGAAGGGAAGCGUUAUAUACUCUAAGCAUGACUCAAGCAUCGCGACAGUCGGCUUUUAUGCCGACUAUAAAGUGCUCAAGUUGUGGGAACCAGGUUGAGAUUUCGAUGAUGGGAGAUCAUGUCUGCGGUAGCACAGCCGCCGCAGCAGAACCAGCACCCGCUCCCUCAUCAGAUCUUCUAGGCGGAGCGUUGUUCUCUUCGCUGAGGGCAAAUGUCCUGGACAAAUUCCGCACCGCGCCCCCAGCUGUCGACACAUCUGCAGCAAAUCGCGCAUUCACAAGACACGGCCAACUAACUCCAUUAAGCGCUUCCACUGGUUCUCAAGGCAUCUCACCAAAAACCCCCGCUGGUGGACGGCCUGGCGCCGGUACCACUGGAGAUGGCUUCUUCGCACAACCCAUACCAAAUUCGCCCAGGCGACCAGGAGGAUAUGGGGGGUUCGGAGAAUCAGGGUCUUACGAAGGCGAAUCUACUUAUGGCUAUGGCACUAGCCCAAAUAAAUCAACAAACUUUUUAACGAGGAUGAAUACUAUUGCACCCGGACCAUUUGAAUCGAACAGGCGACCAGGGGCGAGAAAUGCAUUUGCGCGAAGCAAUAGCAGGGACCAAAAUGCGGAAUCAAACGAUGAUUCAUUGCAAGUUGGAUCUACAUUAGAAAGGCCAGGUACGGCGGGCUCGACCUCGUCGAAUGGCGGAAGUCUUGCGCCUCCUCCUAGAGCUCCGCGAACAAAUGGUUAUGGAGGAUUCGGCCCACCGCAAAUGGAUGGCGAUGAAUUCGAACCACAACCGCUGGGUCUUGGGAAACGAUCUGAGACAUUCCCAGAGAAACUCUUACAAGCGAACGAUGAGGCGCCCGACACACCGGCCCGUGCACCUUCAGCGCCUGGGCCAAGGCCGGAUCGGCUGCGGAGUGCAUCGAAUACUACUGAUGCGCUGCGACCACCACCGCGUACGAGCUUGAUCCGUCCACCCACACAAGAUGGAACAAGAAGGCCUUCCAUCAACCUCGCUAAUGAAUUUGGCGUUGGCAAUCCAUACCACUCGCCUUCUGUCUCACAGUCUUCCAGUAAUUCAGGCUACAGCCAUAUGUCACGACCUAGUCAAGCUAGCUCUAGCACAAGUCCUGCCCGAUCGGUCGGGUCUCGUCUAGGGGCCCGCCGGCCAUCGGAUAUGUCCAAUUUUAACUCGUUAAUGGACGAUCUCCAAUCCUCGAUGGAUGAGACAAAGCUUAAUGGUCAACCGCCUUCGCCUGGCGACCGGCCAGUGUCUAGGAAUCGACGGGCCCCUCCAGAGGGUCUCCUACUAGACCCCGCUAAUAUUGGAGGAUGGGACUCUAGAUUAAACUCACCAAUGAAGUCGCCGCUUUCCCCCAGGUCGCCCUUAGAUCGUAGGGAUCCUGCUAUCCAGGAUCCUGCUGUCCAGGGCGGUCCGAAUAGGACCCCACCCACUCAGUCCGUUCAUGCCCGCCAACCCUCUAAAGACCCACGCUCUCGCGGUAACUGCAAGGCAUGCAAAGACCCUAUCACGGGCAAGUCGAUAUCGUCAGCGGAUGGUCGCUUGACUGGACGUUAUCAUAAGGCAUGUUUUGUGUGCACCACCUGCAAGGAGCCUUUCUCUUCUUCGACAUUCUACGUCAUAAAUGAUCAGCCAUACUGCGAACAACAUUACCACAAACUGAACGGUAGCCUCUGCGGGAGUUGUGGUCGGGGUAUCGAAGGACAAUACCUUGAGGACGAGUCUACUAAGAAGUACCACCCGCGCUGUUUCCGAUGUGGUGAUUGCGGAAUCGUUCUUCGUGACGGGUACUUUGACGUUGACGGUAGGGCAUUCUGCGAACGCGAUGCCUGGAGACGUAUGAAUGCUGUCAUACAAAACCAAAGACCACCACCACCAAACAUGCAAGGAUAUCCGGGACGUAGGCCAAGCGGGCAAGGACCUCAAAUGCCGAGAGGACCACCCGGGGGCCCCGGCUACAUGGGUCCCGGUCCCAAGACCCCCGGGCCACUCAACCGGCCUUUCGGAUUGCCGACCGGGAACCGUCUCAUUCCUGGACAAGCUCUAGGCCGAGGUGGAUUGACCCCAAUGCCGAAAAUGGAGAAGAGAAUGACGAGGCUGGGCAUGAUGUAAAACCGAACGUAUCUAUUUGCGCCGUUUUGAUUUCUGAACGACGACACGCCUUUUUUUUUUUUUUUUACCCCGAUCGACCUCAUCACCGCUGCACUAACGGCAAAUAUCAUCAUCACAUACCCAGCAUUGGCGUUUACGGACUACCGGGAAAGCAUUUUGCUUUAUUUUUUAUUUCUUUUGGGCGCAUAUACCCCUCCAUCACCUCACUCCACAACCCAUAUUUGUUUAUAUACCCGUGCCACGAGGUAAUCUGCUUCUCCGUUUUUGGUCUACAUCA